UGUGUAUUUAUUUCUUUCUUAGAAACAUGUUCAGAUCCUGAGUUAACUGUUUUUAAUGUUAUGUCUUGAUCAUUAUUUGUUCAAGCAAUCAAGCUCGUAAGCUACUGUGGUUACAGAUGCAAUGAAACUGAAUAAUUUCAAAUGUAAGAAAAACAUGUGAAUUUGACUUAAAAAAAAAAGCGAGAAACCUUUUUUGAGUGAUGUAAUAAACGAGGAUGUCCAAAAAACUCGAGAACUUUAGAACCUUCUGUUUCUGUUUCAGUUUCAGUUUCAGUUUUGUAAUUAGGUUAUCUGAUAGAGCUAAUUCUUCUCCUUCACUGUGACAAUCGUCGUUAUCAAGGUGAUUUCUUUCUCUCUUUCUCUGCCCCAAUCUUCUUCGUGUGGUUUCACAGGUUUUACAUCUUUCAAUGGUUAAUGCAAUCAAAGGAGUGUUCAUCUCUUGCGAUAUUCCGAUGACACAAUUCAUAGUGAACAUGAACAAUUCGAUGCCUCCGUCUCAGAAAUUCAUAAUUCAUGUGCUUGAUAGUACUCACUUGUUUGUGCAGCCACAUGUUGAGCAGAUGAUUCGCAGUGCCAUUUCUGAUUUUAGAGAUCAAAACUCUUACGAGAAGCCCACUUCUUAGAUCAAUCACAUCACACUCGCAUGCUUCUUCUUUGUCAUUCAUUUGAUUCAAAAAUGAGUUAAUCAUACUCUCGGACUCAUUUUUUUAGAGUUACAGUGAACUUUGUUGAGAAAUAAUCUCUUUGUACCGGGUUUAGUUCACUCGGUUUUCUAAACUAUGCUUGUUGUGUUUAUUACUUUCUUUUGUUAUUGUAAUAAGAUCUCAACUGUCAAUUACUUGAGUGAGAUAAACAGUUUAAGGAAUGUUCAAAUUUGUUUUUA